GUUACUUUAGUUAAAGUGGUUUGAGAGGCGAGGCCGCGACAUCGCGAUACGUACUAUACUAACUGUAGUAGACUGUACUAUGCGAUAUCCAGCUUCUUGUUUGGGCUUACUCAUUCCUCUAUCGUCCUACUGUCCCUGGUAGUAUAUAUCUCCCAACCUCACCCUCUUCGUCUCUUUCAUUCCUCCAUUCCAUCUAGUCUCUGAUCAUAAUUACACCUUUAAGACACAGAACAGAACAUAUCUACACUUCAAACACUACCGUCUCAUCAAUCAUCAUGCCUGGAUAUAUCGUUACCCUCAAGUCCGACUCCACCGACGAGCAAGUCGCUGCCGCAAAGCAGGACGCCGUCAAGCAGGGUGGAAAGAUCGGACACGAGUACAACUCGGUGUUCAAGGGCUUCUCGGUCACAUUCGACGAGGGCACCGUACACACUCUGGAUGCCAAUGAGCAUGUCGAGGCCGUCGAGGCGGACGGAGAGGUGAAGACCCAGUAGAGGAAUAAUGGUAUACGCGCAUAGCAUACGGGUUAUGGUUGAGCGUCAAUGAUUCGGCGUGGGGGAUAAGGGAUAAACCAUGAAUUACUUCUCUUGCUUCACAACUGAUGCCGUGAAUGUGUAUAUGAGACAUGAACUGGCAUAACUGUAACUGUGAGACGUGGUGGUAUUGCCUAAUCGAGACGCCGUUUGCUUCAUCACAGCACAGCACAGCACGCACGGCUCAUCACAUGCAAGACAUACGACACGAUAAUGCACCGUGCUG